AUGCUUAAAAUUACAAGUCAGACAUGUGUGGUCGAUAUAACUAAUCUUGUUCCUGGUUAUGAAAUGGUUAAAACAAAUAUUCCAAAAAGAAAGGGUUACAAGUUGAACAAGAUUAAAGAAAAAGAUUGGCCUAAAACUCAAUCUCUAUCAGAUACAACAUCAGAACAAAAAGCAUUUGAUCUUGUUUCAACUUCAGAGGAAAUGAUUGAGAAAGCUAAAACAUUAUUUCAUUCUCUUAAUUGGCAAUCUGUUAUUGAUCGACAGAAAGAAAUUGUGUGUUCUCCAAACCCAAUUCGUGAAAAAUCAUCCUCACCCUCCACCCCCAAACAAGAUAUGACUACAUUUAUGGUUCAAGGAACCUCAUCAGUCAUUUCAUACCGUUCCAAAUCAUCCACCCACUCCUCCAACAAAAGUUUACCUUCAACUUCAGGCAAACAGAUGGAAGAAAUUUAUCCAUGGGAAUCAGCAUCCAAUACGAAAUCGAAUGAUGAGAUUUCAAUGUUACGCUUUCUGUUAAAUCAGAAAGAUCAAGAAUUAAAAAAGAAAGAUCAAAAAUUGGAUGAAAAAGAUGAAGAAUUGAGAAAAAAAGAUGAAGAAUUGAGAAAAAAAGAUGAAGAAUUGAGAAACAAAGAUCAAAGGUUGGAAGAAAAAGACGAAGAAUUGAGAAAAAAAGAUGAAUUGAUCGAACUCUUGACGAAAAAAAUUUUAAAAUUAAACGAAUAA